AUGGCUACUGCUGCGCAGACAUUCAGUGUGUCCCUCACCAACCCGACAACUCUGUAUAUUCCAUACAAAUACAAGGGAAGCGAACCUGUAUACAAGGUUGAUGAAAACACCAUAGAGCAGAUGGCCUACGACUCAAGUGAUAAACUUGUAUACAUUGUUGGUCGAUCAAUGGUGAACGUUAUUGACAUAUCGAAGCCGGACAAUAUGACCAUUCUUCAUCACUUCACGCUGGACAAUGCGGAUCUCACAGACGUAGAGACGUGCGGACGUCAUGUUUUCGUCUCUUACAGAAGCCUAUCUGUCAAAGAAUCCGGGAACGUUCUCGUGUAUGAGAAAUACAAUAAAACAGAGCACAAAAUGAUUUUAAUACACGACAUCACAGUGGGUUCCAUGCCGGAUAUGAUCCUCCCCACACAUGACUGCAGCCGUAUUGUAGUUUCCUUGGAAGGGAACGCCUAUGUAUCCGGAGGAGCCGUGAUCGAUCCUCCAGGAAGAAUCGGUAUAAUCUCCUUCCCAGGUGGAUUUGGUAAAGACAAAGAAGUCAACUACACUGAACUGGAUUUCUUAAAUUACAACAAUAGAGUGGCCGACCUCGAGAAAACAGGAGUAAGGUUUGUGUAUCGAGAAAACAACAAUUCAUUUUCCAAUGACGUGGAGCCAGAAUACUUGGCCAUCAACAAAGACAGCACGAUGGCAUACGUUGGACUUCAGGAAAACAACGCCAUUGCGGUGGUGGAUUUAACACAGAUGAACAUAACGGCCGUUCAUGGGUUGGGUUUCAAAAACUGGAACAAUUCCUUUUUGGACCCAAGCGACAAAGAUGGCGGAAUCAAGAUGGGCGCCUGGCCCAUAUAUGGGAUCUAUUCACCCGACGCCAUUAAACUCGUCACGUGGAAAGGCGUGGACUAUAUUGUGACAGCCAAUGAGGGUGGUUCUAAGGACUAUGACGAUGUCUGGACAGAAGAAAGAAGAGGUCACGAUUUCACAGAUGCAAUGCUUUCUGCAGCCGUUGGCGAUGAUCUUAGGUCAGCCCUCAGGAAUGACUCCCAGCUGGGCAGGCUUAAAUUCACCGAUGCUACAGGGAAAAACUUAAACGGUACGUUUGACGCCCUCUACACAUUCGGAGGUCGGAGUUUCUCCAUCUUGAGGGCCGACACCAUGGAGAUGGUUUACGACAGCGGCGACGACGUCGAACGAAAGAUAAAGCAGCACAGACCAGAAAUAUUUAACAGCAAGUUCGUCAAGUCCAAGACACCUUUAAAAACCAGGGACUCAAGGUCACAGUCUAAGGGACCGGAACCUGAAUCGGUGACGUAUGGAGUGGUAGAUGAUCAUCUACUUUUGUUCAUUGGCAGCGAGCGACCCGGAUUCGUAUCAGUCUACUCAGUGGCAGAUGACAUCACCAAGCCUCGCUUUGAGUUUCUUUAUGACGGCAUCAGUGACGUCGACAUGACGUUUCAACAACUGUACGACCAGAGGAAGUUGAACACGUUAGAUCCUGAAGACAUAAGAUUUGUGGACGGGUCUUCGAGUCCAACAGGAAAGCCCAUUUUGCUGAUUACAGGAACCGUCAGUGAAAGUUUAACCAUCGUAAACGUGGACGUAACAGACACAAUAUCGGCGGCAGUAAAACCAGAUUGCGCAGGUCUGGCCGCGAUGAUUCUGUUGGCUGCUGUCUGCUUCCUCGUGGGUCGUCGCAGUCACUGAUUCACUCGGAACUCAUCGGCAAAGAAUCCGGGAUCAACCAAAAAACCCUACAUGUCAUUGAUCAAAUUGCUUAAUAACAGACACACAAGCACAUACGCUCAUGCACUCACACAGACAAACAUACAUACGCGCUUGCGCGCACAUACACACAAUGACAAACAGACACACAAACACG